AUGGAUAAGCUUGUCCAACGCCAACAAGAAGUGCUCGAAUGUAUCCGGCAAAUCGAUAGAAACUUUUCUAAGGAUUCGGCGAGUCGUAAGACUCGCGACUACAUAAUACAGCGCUUAGAAAAGUUAGAUAAACUUUGGGCCGAAUUCAAUAGUAAUCAUUCCGCUUUAGACAUGUAUAGGCAUGAGGACGUUGGGUAUUUUGCUGGAAAUCAGUAUGAUCAAGCCAGAAAAUACUAUGAGGAGGUGCGGUCUAAGGUGGCUUCGCACCCACUAGCUGAGGAAGACGUAUCGGCUCCAGGAUCGAGUAAAAUAGCGCCCAUAAAAUACGUCACUCGCUCGCAGGCUUCCAGCCCCGUUCCACCAGCUCAUUCAGGUUCCAGCGCUCCGCUAUCAGACAAGGCGGCGAAUUAUUUAAGUCUACAACGCACCAACUUCAGAGCCUUUACAAGAUUGAUAGCGGAGCGCUGGCACCUGAAGGAACGGGGAGAAGCUUUUCCAUUUUGCUUGAUUGUGGCUGCAGCUAUAGACGGUGUGUCCUUACUGUUCGGCGCCCGAUGA